AUGGCUUUUCCUAUGUACGAAAGAGCGUGGGCAAUCUAUAGACAACGCUUGUCUACACCUUCCGCAAAUCCAAAGCGCGGAAUGUGGUGGCACUCGGAUACUGAUGAGCAAGCCACAAUUCCCGCCAAUGAAGGACCAAAGAGUGACUGGAAGUCUAUUGCAGACAACUUCGAUGAAGAAAUUAUACCCGAAACUCUCGAUGACCCAAAGUCCCGCAACGGUUUGAAAGAUCCCUCAAUAAUGGCUCUAAUAAACGGCAACUCAAUAUACGUUGCGUCCGCUCUUCUCUCCGAUCCGUCUAUUCCUCCUAGCGGCACUCCAAUAACAAGAGUUUUCGGCAACCUGGGCCGAUCAGAAAUGAGUCUACUUGUCCCGCCAGUGGAUCCACGCCUUGCGGAGCUAGAUUUGAGCUCAUGGAAACACAUUAAUCAUUCCCACUUCACCGGCCGACUCCAAGACUGCUUCAGUAGUACUUCCCUGCACCUGACAUUCACAGAUUCUGAGGACACUGUCUAUCUCGGCAACCGAGGGCUUCGAGACCGUCAAGUAGUCUUCUUGGAAGCUCUUGUCUCCAUCGACGAUCGCGGAAAACAUAUCGGCGACCUGGAUAUACUUUCCAUGUUCAGCAAACCCACUUUCGAGGUCCAAAAGAGCUGUUCACACACACCUGAAGAAAGGGCAGACGUGCUUCUUGGAUGUCGAUUGAUUGCCAUUGAUAAUUGGGACGAGUUCUUGGAUCCACCAGAGAGGGCGGCCAUAUUCCGAGCUAAUGGCAAUUGGCAAGCUCGUCUUGGCGCUGCGGCAGCUGCGAUACAAAUGGGUAUGGAAACUCUGGUUCUCUCAGCUAAGAGACCAUGUCUACAGUGCCUCAAGAUGACCGGAGUCGAUAUGAUCAUUGCUUGA